AAAAACUCUACAACUCGACUGGACGGGAGCUACGAAGAGCCCUCUUUUCCCUCAAGCAGAUUUUUCAGGAUGACAAAGACCUGGUGCAUGAAUUUGUGGUGGCAGAAGGACUGACGUGUUUGAUAAAAGUGGGAGCUGAAGCCGACCAGAACUACCAGAAUUACAUCCUCAGGGCUCUUGGUCAGAUAAUGCUGUAUGUAGAUGGGAUGAACGGCCUCAUAUCUCACAAUGAAACGGUGCAGUGGCUUUACACCCUAGUCGGAUCCAAGUUCCGUCUGGUGGUGAAGACGGCACUGAAGCUGCUGCUGGUGUUUGUGGAGUACACGGAGUCUAAUGCCGCCCUGCUUAUAAAGGCUGUGAACAUCGUAGAUGCCAAAAGAAGCACAAAACCGUGGUCAAAUAUUAUGGAGAUCCUUGAUGAGAAGGAUGGAGUAGAUACAGAGCUGCUGGUGUAUGCAAUGACACUCAUCAAUACGACUCUGGCAGGCCUCCCAGACCAGGACUCCUACUAUGACAUGGUGGACUGUCUGGAGGAACAGGGUAUCGAAGUCAUGGCCCAGAGACACCUGAGUAGAAAGGGCACUGACCUCGACCUUGUGGAACAGCUCAACAUCUACGAGGUGACUCUCCGUCAUGAGGACGGUGACGAUGAAGCCCAGGUUCCUCCCAGUGGCCGAAAAGGCCGUCGUCGGGCCAGUGUUGGCGGCACCAGCGAGAAGCGGGGCCUGGAGCGAAGACGCAGCCGGAGGCAUUCUCUCCAGAACAGAGGCCAUGCUUCCGCCCCAGCAUCACCCAGCAGCCCUCAUACUCAAGCAAACAGCUUCCCCCCUUUUGGUGGCCAAUGUAUUGAAGACAUCAGUGAAAGAGAAGAGGAAGAGGAGGAAGAUGAUGAUGAUGAGGAGGAGGAGGAGGAGGAAGAGGAUGACGAAGAGGAUGAGGAAGAGGCAGAUGAUGAAAGUCAUCCAGCCACUGAAUCCUCUAGACAGGGUGCUCACAGUGUGGCUCCAGCUGUAGCAGACACUCCUAACAUGUGUUUGAACUUUAAGUGUAUGGCCAACAUCCUUCCUAAAGCCAGUGACCCUGAAGGGCAGAGAGAAAAUCUCAGCAUCAAGACCAGGACAUCUUCUCCUGUGUCCGUCGCACCUAAAAAGAGGACCUAUAGUCCUUGGUGUGUUCCUCCCCAGCCACCUGACUCUGUCUCUCCCCUGUUGCCGAGUACAGUGCCAGGCUCUGCACGCCCCCAGUGUCAGUCUACCCCAACAUCACCCAGCUUCUUUCUCCCACAACUUCUCCCUCCUUUCCCUGACUUGAACCAGAGCCAUGUAGCUGUUGGGAUCAAGGAGAAGGGCCAGGACAGAGAAAGGCGCUACAGUCUGAAAGAUACAAACAACUGUCCCACAUCUUACACAAGUAGAAAGCCCUGCUGGGCUGAAAGAAUCAAUGCCAAUGGCACGCCAUACCCUGGCAGGCACCAGCCUCCACCAUCACCCAUCCAUCGCUUUACUAGUUCAGCAACCUCCACACCAGACUCCAGACCUGACAGACCUCCUUUAGGGGGUUUGCUAACUUCAUCAUACAGACAGCAUCAGGAGUCUCUGGCUGCAGAGAGAGAGCGGAGGCGUCUGGAAAGAGAAGAGCGUUUGCAGAGAAUCGAAAGAGAAGAGAGGAACCGCUUCAAUCGAGAUUAUGUCAACAAGCGUGAGGAAGCAAGACAAGCCAGAGAGGAAAGGUACAAGGCUGUGGAACGGUUAGCUGCAGAGGAGUUGGAACGUGAGCGCCCUCGAGUGCCAGCAAGAGGACGGACAGAGAUCACUUUGUGUUUGAGUCCAAGCCCAGCCAGCCGCCCAGCAUCUCGCUGUGCCACAUCUUCAUCCAUCAUCUCAAAGGAAGACACCAUCAAAACUGCGCCCCAAACACCGGGUGUGGAACACAUCUCGGAGUCAAACCUUGACCCACAGACCAGAACCAAAAGUCCAACGCCAGAAUUAACAGUAUCAGGACAGGCCGCCACACCUCCCCCCGAGCCAGACAAGCAGCAGACUGAGACAGAGUCGCCUGUGGAGACGGAGGAUGUUGCUGAGACUCAGAAUGUAGCAGCAGAGCCAGCAUUAGAUGAACAGUCAGACAUAGAGAAAGAAGAGAGGCAGGAACAGGAGAAACUUGAAGAACAGAAACAGUGCGUGGAUGAGGUAGAGGUAGAAGAAUUGAAGGUAGCAGAUGUGUCAGAGGUAGAAGAGCCAAAUGUGGAAGUGGAUGUUGAGUUAGAGGAGGGGUCUGAGAAGGAGCGGCCGACAGAAAGGGAUAUAGAAGACAGUGUACUGUUGAGUGAGAAGGAGCGACAGAAUGAGGAAGUGAAUGAGAAGGACAACUGUUCUGCAUCAAGCAUCUCCUCUACCAGUAGCACUCUGGAGAGGGAGGAGCGAGAGGAGAAGCUCGCCACUGACACUGAAGCAGGCCAAUGGACUCUGUGCAUUAGAGAGGCAGAUGUGAACGAUGAGUGCAACAGAAUUCUCAAUAGCAAGCGCUUCAUGCUGGACAUGCUCUACGCUCAGGCAGCAACCAGCAAGGAUGGGGGGAAUGUAGGAGAGUCAGAGAAGGAUGCAUGUAAAUGUGAGAAGGAGACAGAGGUCUGUGAUUCCUCUGUGACUAGUCUGGCCAGCAGGAUCUCCACACUGGAGGCUCACAGACAGGCCAGAGAAGAAAAUGUGAAAAAAAUGGAGGUGGGACAUCUGGACAAUCAGGGCAGCGUUCGAGCAGUGGCAGAGAAAUUUGGAGAUUUGGUCAAAGGCCUAACAGGUCCUCCAGAGGUUGAGGCCUCAAAAGAGCAGCAGCAGCAGACUGACAAGUCAUCAGCCACUGCCUCAUCAGCUUUACCUCCAAAGAAAGAGUCAGAUUGUAUCUGGGAUCAGCUGAUGGCAGCACCCAGGGAGCUGCGCAUCAAGGAGAUGGACUUCACAGACCUGAGAGACGAGGAUGACAUGGACAUUUUAAAUAUGGGUAGCAUGAUUGGGUCAGGUGACCUGAUACCACCACCUCCCCCUCUACCAUGCUUUGCUGCCCUGCCACUACCCCCACCCUUGUUUGGGUGCCCACCACCACCUCCCAUGCUUGGUAAAAUGAUGCCCCCACCCCCACCAUUCAUGGCCCCUAUCCCCCCACCCUCCCCUCAUGUGGUUCAAGGGGAGGUGCCUCUCUUCCAGAAGAAGAAGAAGACCAUCCGUCUCUUCUGGAGCGAGGUGCGUCCUGUGGAUUGGCCGUGCAAAAGCCAUAAAUUUUGUAAGGAGUCCCUCUGGUCCAAACUGGAGCCAAUUAAAGUGGACACGUCCAAGUUGGAGCAACUGUUUGAGUCCAAAUCCAAGGAGCUGCCUGUCACAAAGAAAGCUGCUGUUGAUGGCAAACGACAAGAAAUCAUAGUCCUGGAUUCAAAACGCAGCAAUGCAAUAAACAUCGGCUUGACUGUCUUACCUCCUCCCCGCACCAUCAAGACUGCUAUCCUCAACUUUGACGAAUACGCACUAAAUAAGGAAGGAAUUGAGAAAAUCCUGACAAUGAUCCCCACAGAGGAGGAGAAGCAGCGGAUCCAGGAGGCUCAGCUGGUAAACCCUGAUAUUCCCCUGGGGAGUGCUGAGCAGUUCCUGCUCACCCUCUCCUCCAUCACAGAGCUGUCUGCCCGCCUGCAGCUGUGGGCAUUCAAGAUGGACUAUGAGCUGAUUGAAAAGGAAGUGGCAGAGCCUCUUCAGGACUUGAAGGAAGGGAUGGACCAGUUGGAGAAAAACAAGACACUCUGCUACAUCUUGACCACGCUGCUGACCAUUGGCAACUUCCUCAAUGGCUCCAAUGCUAAAGGCUUUGAGCUGAGCUACUUGGAGAAAGUCCCAGAGGUAAAGGAUACAGUUCAUAAGCAGUCUCUGCUGCACCAUGUCUGUUCCAUCGUGGUCGAGAAGUUUCCAGACAGCACUGACCUCUACUCUGAGAUAGGAGCUAUCACUCGCUUGACAAAGGUGGACUUUGACCAGCUUCAAGACAAUCUGGCCCAGAUGGAGCGAAGGUGCAAAGCAUCAUGGGAUCACCUCAAGGUCAUUGCAAAACAUGAGAUGAAACCAGCACUGAAACAAAAAAUGUCAGACUUUCUCAAAGACUGUGCAGAAAGAAUUAUUAUUCUGAAGAUUGUACAUCGAAGAAUUAUCAACAGGUUUCAUGCCUUUCUACUGUUCCUGGGUCAUCCAAUAUAUGCAGUGCGUGAGGUCAGCAUUCAUCGCUUUAGCAAAAUACUAAGUGAAUUUGCCCUGGAGUAUCGCACAACAAGAGAGCGUGUGCUACAGCAGAAGCAGAAGAGGGCCAACCACCGAGAGAGGAACAAGACCAGGGGGAAAAUGAUAACAGAUAGUGGUAAAUUUGGCAGUGCCUCUUCAGCCACACUGGAGAGCCAGCCUCAGGGUAUCCAGUAUGCUGAAGAUGCAGCUGAACAUGAGAACAUGAAGGCCGUACUGAGGAGUAGCCAGCAGGACACAGAGAGUGGAAUGUUGAUGGUGCCGGGCCUCCGUACACGCACCAGAGUCAGCAGCACUAGAGGGCAUGUUCCCCCAUGGUGCUCUGCAAAUGAUGACCCAGUGAACUGCACAGAUGACACAGCUGAUGAGAUCAUGGAGAGGAUUGUCAGGUCAGCCACUCAGGGGCCCACCCAGCGGACCCAACCUCGAGAGAGGAGACGAUCACGAGCCAACCGAAAAUCAUUGAGGAGGACACUGAAGAAUGGUUUGACAGCAGAGGAGGCUAACGCUCUUGGCUUGUCAAGUGGUUCGGAGAUGCAGGUGUGAGCUGGGCUGGGAUCCCAUUGAACAUUAAGAUGUCUGGAGGCCCGUUCACUGCCCUUCCAAUGCCUACACCCAACCUGGUAACCCCACCCACUGUGGUUUGGCACUAAAAUCCCCUCUUGAUGAGUAGAUCUCAUCCUAAUGCAUUCAUCUUACAUAGGUUUGACACAAGUGCUUCCUGAAGAGAGUGGAUACAAGGCUGAACUGCUUGGCAGAGAGAGCAGAAACAAACCACUAAGCUUUGCUAUUGCUGGACAGAUAUGAUCUGCGCUCACAAGGUUUAUUCACAAGAUACAGCUUACACAUGCGCAAAAGUGUUUUUUUUUUUUAGGCUGAGGGCAUCAAAAGAUUGGUAAUGCAUAUGCUUCGAGUUCCAUGGCCUUGACUGAAUCCAGGGGGCUAAACAGACAGUACUCAACCCUCCUCUCACUGUGUUUGUUUGGGUUCAAUGUCGGCCUUAGCUUUAGUGACAAACUGAGUUGGAAGCCAUUGCAUCUAUUGAAUAGAUGGCUUUGUGCAGAGCGUUAUUCUGUUAUAUACUACUGUGGUAGUUUUGUGUUUCUAUUGAUUUUGCUCAAGAAGGUGCUCAAAUAAGAAACAGUUGCACUGGAUGUAAAACUUGGCUAUCAAUGGAAUGUGAAAUUCGUGACACU